AAUCUGAAAAAAUAGUACUUGAUUGAUUUCAUGAUGAUGAUGAAAUGAUUGAUGCUUUGAGUCACAAAAUCUUGUUUUUUUGAAAGUUGUGUGAUCUUAUUUGCAUAGUUAAAUAGUUUUGAUUUGAAAGUUUUGAGACAUGGAGAAGAAAUCAGAAGAAGAUGGGAACAACAUGAAGAAAGAGAAGAUCUUUAGAGCGGAUAAGAUUGAUUUGAAGAGUUUAGAUAGACAGCUUGAGAAACAUUUGAGUAGGGUUUGGUCGAGGAAUCUUGAGGUGAAUCCUAAAGCUAAGGAAGAAUGGGAGAUUGAUUUGGCUAAGUUGGCAACAAGUAAUGUUAUUGCUCGUGGUACUUAUGGUACUGUCUACAAAGGCACUUAUGAUGGACAAGAUGUUGCAGUGAAGGUUCUUGAUUGGGAAGAUGAUGGGAAUGAAACAACGGCCAAGACCGCUACAAAUCGGGCUUUGUUCCGUCAAGAGGUCACUGUUUGGCACAAACUUAACCAUCCAAAUGUCACAAAGUUUGUUGGAGCGUCGAUGGGAACAACGAAUCUUAAUAUACGAUCAGCUGAUUCAAAAGGCUCGUUGCCUCAACAAGCGUGUUGUGUGGUUGUGGAGUAUCUUCCUGGUGGAACAUUGAAACAACACUUGAUUCGUCAUAAGAGCAAGAAACUCCCUUUUAAAGCCGUUAUCAAACUCGCUCUUGAUCUCGCGCGAGGGCUAUGCUAUUUGCACUCAGAGAAGAUUGUGCACCGCGAUGUGAAAACAGAGAAUAUGCUUUUGGAUGCUCAUAAGAAUUUGAAAAUAGCGGAUUUUGGAGUAGCGCGGGUGGAAGCUCUAAAUCCAAAAGACAUGACAGGAGAAACCGGUACUCUUGGAUACAUGGCUCCUGAGGUCAUUGACGGUAAGCCAUACAAUAGAAGGUGCGAUGUUUACAGCUUUGGGAUAUGUUUAUGGGAAAUCUACUGCUGCGAUAUGCCUUAUCCUGAUCUUAGCUUUGUCGAUGUUUCUUCCGCGGUUGUCUUACAUAAUCUGAGACCGGAGAUACCAAGAUGCUGUCCGACUGCAUUGGCGACCAUAAUGAAGACAUGUUGGGAUGGUAAUCCGCAGAAACGGCCGGAGAUGAAGGAAGUGGUGAAGAUGCUUGAAGGUAUUGAUACCAGUAAAGGCGGCGGAAUGAUACCGGAAGAUCAGAGUCCGGGAUGUUUCUGCUUUGCUCCGGCUCGUGGACCUUGAAUUUCCCUUUCUACCUCUAUUUGGUUGUCUUGUCUUGUUUUUCUCGACAUUAACUAAGUGCCAUUUUUCUUCUUCUCCAAGAAAACGUCUUUUAACAA